CAAGCAUCUCACUCCCACCAUCGUCCCACAAGCAACGCGACAUAUUAUUAUAUCACCGAACGUUCUUUCGCUCAUAUCCACAUCGGUAGCCAUAUACACAGCAACAACUCGUGCGCAAUCUCUCGUUCGACUCUCCGCCCCGCUCCCACGACGUCCUUCGAAACCCUCGCAGCACACUCUAGUGCACGAUGUGCCGCCACAUCCUCUUCAUAUUCAACUGCGGCUGCAUCCAAUGGCGCAAAUCCAAGGAGCCCUGCGCCAGCAAGCAGCAGAACGGCCGUCGCUGCCGCGUUCCCUACCCUGCGCCGCGCCUGCCCAUUCCUUGCUUCAAGCACGACCCACGCUACGCAUCAUGGCCAGGAACGGCAUGGCUGAUGAAACGCACGGAACUCCGUCUCGCGCGAAUGGGAAGUGAGGAGCGGCAAAACAUUUUGCAAGGAAAGGUCACUAGUUGGCUAGGUGCCGCUCAGGAUUCUUCGUCUUCGCAAAAUACUGAGGACCAUUUGGACAGGGAGAGAGCAGUCGGUUCAUCAGCGGAGGACCCGGUCACGGAUAGAGGCAUCGGGCUCGGUGACAAGCCACAUAAUGAUAUGAAGGAAGAUGUGUUGCGUAGGGUGGAUAGCGUGGUUGACAGAAACCGUGACGCCGUUGGGAGGACCUUGUAAAGAGUCAGUCAAUACAUAUGAUCAUUCUGCGGACGGACUACAUGUGCGACUUGCUCAUUGGAAAGGGAGCGUCAAGUGACCAGUGGACUCAGAAAGAACGACAUCAUAACCCCAUUGACUCCUCCCCGACGAAGGUACAAAACGCCGACUUCUGUAGAAGCUGCACUCUUCCAC